AUGGCAAUACCACCACGGCUGUUCGUCAACAAUAUUAGUCGAUUGGUAUCUAAUAGUAAUAAUAAUAACAAUGUUAAUAAUAAUAAUAAUAACAAUAAUGAAUCUGCUACGACUCUGGGAAGAACACAUCAAGCAAUUAAUACACCUAGGAAUGAAACAUCAUCGUCUGUUGUACAGAAUAAUAAUAACAUUUCUAAUAUCACCACCCCACAACCUACUCAUGUUUUAACACCAAAUGUCCAUAAACAUCUUCCUCCACAAACUAUGGGGAGUGUUCCUGUUGGAAUAUCGGAAAUUGUUUCACAAUUAGUUGGAAAGUUUCUGCCCCCUGAUGAUGAUUUUGAAGAUGAUGAUGAUUUUCUUUCAAAUAUAGAAAAGCAAACCAAUGCUUUAAAUAUGAUAUCAUCAAUAGUUGAACAUUAUGAAGACAUGUAUCAAGACUUGACAGAUCAUCCAUUACUAGAUUUGAGAGGAGAUUUUGGAAUUGGUACUCUUCUUCAAAUUACUGGAGAGGAAUUUAUCGAAGAAAUUAUUCAAUAUUUAAUGCAUUACAUUUCAGGAGAAUAUAAUUCUGAAGAGGAACAAGUUAAAAAAAACUUUUUACUUUCAAUUUUACGUACUUUACACAUGAUUUAUCCUGCUGGAUUUGAAAAAACUUUUCUAAUGGAUGAAAUAAUGACAUUCUUUUCAAAGGAAGUGAAAGAAUUUAUUAAUACUUCCAAUAGACCAACGAGUGACAAUGAAUUUUUAUUUAAUUAUUCUAAAUAUGUAUACUGUCUUGGAUUAUUAGGAAGUAUUAGUAGGAAUUCAUCUGAUGCAACAACAUUUUAUAUUCAAGAUGAAAUUCCACAACUUUUGUGCAAUAGAUUCAAACAAAAAUUAGAACAUAUUCCAAAAAGACAAAAGAAAAAGUUGGAUAUUAAAAAUUUCAAUAUAGACUGUAGAACUUUCUCUGGAGAAUUUCCAACUAUAAUUGAACUAGAAUAUCAGGAAUUACGUAACUUGGUUUCUUGUCUCAGUUUUCUUGGAGAAUACAUUGAAGUCAUUCAAUUUAUUAUGCAAGCUGGUGGUGCUUCUAUAAUUUUACCAUUACUCAAAUCCAAAGACAAAUACUUAAUGUCAGAUGGUCUUAAAAUGUCAGACUCUCUACUUGCACAUGUAUCAUUUGCUCAAAAUUUUGUUGAAAAAGGAUGUCUAGGAUCUCUACUCAAAUUACCAGCUAUUAAUUAUUUAUCGGGUGGUCUUUCCUUAUGCCUAUCAAGUAUUGCAAGCUAUCCAGAUAUCAUGGAUAAAGUGUUUAAAAAUGAAACUAUUACUGACAAAUUAACAGAGAUGGGAAUAGGAUUUUUACAAUCUAAUCAUAGUGAAUUGAGAAAAUAUGGUUGUCAAUUCUUUCAAAAUGCUUUUGCCUAUGUUUCUGUUGUAACUAAGUUUGAUAAGGAAUCAGGGUUGAGUAUUUUACUUUUGGAAUGUGAAGUACCAAGUGGUAGAACUGGUAUUUCUUUAUUGUUGGGUUGUUCUACAGUAGAGAGGGAACCUUUUGUUGUAGAAGCAGCACUGAGGACUAUACAUAACAUGUUCUUCCCACACUCUAAACCAAUGUCAUAUCUAAUUCCUAUUAGAAAAAAUUUAUGUGAAGUUUUCCGUAAUAAUGAUGGUAUUAGAGUAUUGUUAGAUAAUUUAUAUAAUUAUGAUGACCCAAGUAAUUUAAAUAUUUUGAGAAAAUUAUGUUGUGACAUUUUGAUAGAACUUACAAAUGAUUCAGCAAUUAAUCAAAUUCUUAUCAAAAUUGAAAUUGGUGGAUUAUUAACAGAUUUACUAAAAGAGAAGCAAAAUGAAGAACAAUAUGAAUCUUUUAAUCAACUAAAAGAAUCUGCUCUUAAACUAUUAGAAAAAGUAACAGGUAGAAAGUCAAAAACUGUCAUAAGAGAAGCCAAGGAUGAUACUCUUGUCAGAUUAGAAAAAGCAACUAUUGCAUCAAAUACCCAUAUUACUUAUAGACAAGAUGAACUUUUACAAUUAAUUCAUGAAUAUUUGGAUAAUAAGGGAUUGGUUGAAUCUGCCAAAUGCCUAAUGAAAGAAGCGAAAAUCCCCAAAUCUAGUUUGAACUUUCAAAUCCCUUCUUUACCAAAACCAAAACCUUUACUAGAUAGAAUUGUAGUUAAUUAUCUUCGUCAACAACACAGAGAAUGUGAAGAACCUAUUGCUGUUCUCCCAGAAUUUUCAUUAUUUCACAAACAUUGUUGUCCUAAACAAGGAAAUUCUCUAAAAAGUUCUAAAUGUUUAGUAAGAAGAUUAAAUUCCAGGAAAAUUUCAAUACAUCCACGUGAUAUAGGAUAUGAUUUUCAAAGAAAGAAUAGAAAAUUCCUAUACUCUAGAUUGAAAUAUUCUAAUACUGUUAUUGGUGAAUCUGAAAUUAUUUCUUCAAUUGCAUUUGCUCCUGAUUCUUCUAAAAUUUACUGUUCUUCUGAUGAAGGAGAUUUAUUUAUAUAUGAUAGAAAUGGAGGAGAUUUAGUAGAUCAAGUUAAAAUAUUCGAAGAUUCUCCACUGAGAGGUAUUCAAUUCUCAACGGAUAGAUUAAUAGAACCUCGUUUCCUAGCUUGGGGAGAGAAUUCCUCCUUUUUAUAUGGUAUUAAUUCAUUAAGACAGCCAUUAUUUGAAUAUAAGGAUUGUUUCUCUGCUACUUUUAGUAAUGGUAAUGAUCUAGUUGCUGCAAGUAGUUUUGAUACAACAAAGAUUUACAAUAUUGCACACGGUGAAAUUAUUGCAACAUUCAAUGAUUUAUCUAGUGAGAAUGAAACUAUUGCAUGUUUUAGUCCCUAUGAUGACUUGGUACUAGCAAAUGCAUGUUUAUGGGAUAUAAGAAUUCCUAGAUCAAUUCACAGAUUUGAUCGUUUGAGCCAAAUUAGAUUUAAUCAUUUCAAUUCUAACGGUCUUGAAGUUAUUAUUAAUAGUGAAAUUUGGGAUUUAAGAACAUUGAAAUUAUUAAAUACAUGUUCUUCACUCAAAGAUGCCACCUAUGUUAGAUUUAAUAAUGAUAAGUCUGUCAUGUUUGCAGGUUAUAACAAUGCUUCACAAGAUAUGAUUCAUGAAACAUUAUCCAAUACCUUCAAAGUAAUAGAUACAUCUUCAUAUCAAUUAUUGUCUUCCCACACUUUUGAAAGACAUGAAAUUCACGAUAUUUCUAUUGAUCCAGUUUAUAAUUAUGUUUCCUUACUAUCCCAUAAUUCACCAUUCAGCUCGGUUAAAAUUUAUGAGAUUGGGCAAACAAAAGGUGAUGUUCCAUAUGAAGAUGAUGAUGAUGGAGAUGAACAUAUGGAAAGUGAUCAAGAUUCAGAUAGUGAGGACGAUGAUGAAGAUGAUGAGGAUGAUGAAGAAGAUUUGUUUGGAAAUCAUCCAAUAUUUGAUGAUGGAGAUGAAGAUUUCAUGUCAGAUGAUGAAAGUAUAAUAAUAGUAGAUGAUGAAGAUGAAGAAGAUUUUGAUGAAGAAGGUGACAAUCAUACAGAAAUAGUCUACGACUUGGAUGAUGAUGAAGAAUUACAAUAAAUUUAAUCAUCAAGACUAAA